AUGUUUGACCUCCCAGACGCAAAGCGUGUGCGCCGUUCAGAUCUCUACACUGAAUCGUCAACAUCUUCUCCCGAACCAUCUUCCCCAACCGACCCGGAUGCGUCUGCCCGAUUUCAAGAGCAGCUUGCUUCAUUAUACGGGACUAUUUUACCUCAGCCGUAUGCUAUCGAGAGCGCGCUAAGGUCUGAACUUACUAAUGACGCGCCACAUUCACCACGACCAGAUGAUGACCAAGACCAAGAAGAGGAAUUUGACUUCCGUCUUUUCUCCAAUGACAAAGAAGGCAAGAUAAUUCUCAAGGAUGAGGUAGCCGAUGAAGGAGUCUUUACUGUCAAGGAAAGAAAUCAAAGUUACUAUUUCACUGGUCCAAUUGAGGGGAAAAGGAAAGAAGAAUACACCAUUUCGGCAGUCAGUGGAGAAAAUAUUUUACGAGGCAGAGAUCAGAGAUACUGGGGAUGGGAAGUUCCAUGGAGAGUCAAGGUAUUGAAAGUUGGUAUUGACGGGCAAAAAAUGGUGGGAGAUAACGGGCUCGGAAUCAGCAAUAAUUCCAAUGGGGCAAAGAAGAGAAAGCUAGGCAAAAAGAUGAGAAUUACAGUGAGAGAAAGGAGACGGAAAAUUCAGGUUCAAGAAGAGGCGAUGACGAAGGAGAAAGAAACUAGAGAGGAAGCGGAACGAGAAAGGAGAACUAGGAAGAAUAGGGAGAAGAAAGUUAAAAGAAAGGCGAAGGAGAAAGCGUUGAAAGCUGCCGCCGGAGGAAUUGACCAGACUGGGCCCGGAGUUGACGGAGAGAGUGACUGA